GGUACUUACCUCUAUCCAUUCAUAACCUAACCGCACCUGCUUCCCCUCGUUCCUUCGCUGGGCUGACUUUGUUGAACUUUUCACACUUCGUUCACUUAGUUCUUUCAACCUCAGCUGACUACAGUACUUACCUUUUAGGUACACACACCUAAACACACACGCCAACGGGCACAUAACACCAACUUGGAAUGAGCACGCGGCGCCCUCGCAGCCUAACAACAGUGCAGCUGGUGGUCGGGUUGAUAUGACCCGGAUAUGCCGUGGCCCGGAACUUCCUCGCUGUUUCUACUUCUACCUCUAGUACUCGGAGCAUCUCAGCGGCCUCGCACCAGCGACGUUACCACGUUGGGUACCCAUCUCUAACACCCCUCCUCUUCGAAACCGCGCCCAAGACUUGUGUCUCAGCCUCACCUUGAAAAUCCCCCCCCGGGUGGCCUACGGUACUGUCCGGCAUCUGCCCGCCUCACAGGCAGAGACAGACACACACUUGCGUUGAAACUCCAAACCUCCCUGGACAUCCUCCGUCACUGGCCCCCCUCCUUCCCAAGCAGUCUUCAAUGGCUCUGCUGCGUUAGUGUCGAUAUCCACAAAAGAAGCCGGCAGCUUUGGCUUGUAAGCAAUGGUCGUCGGGCUACCCUGAGGUGCCCGUCGUCCUUUGCGCCCGUCUUGUCCUUCAGCCAUGGAUUUGGUACUGCCGCAAGGCAUCAUUAUUAACGCUACUGAGGUCUAUACCCAACUGGCUAGUUUGUCGGUCGUUUCCUCAGAGGUAUUAUGGCAUUACUGGAACGCAUACACGGUGAUCUCCAAGAAACUUGGUGGCGAUCCCACUCACCUCCGCCUAGAGAACUUUUGGUGGCAUGUUUGGGGCAGCAAUAGAAGGGAGCUUUCCGGUCCCACUCUCGCCAGGCUCUAUCAAGACAUCUCAACCGGUCCAACAGAUGUGCCUCUCGUGGUCCCAAAAAGAAGUCGUGAAAUGCUAGAGAGAUCCAAGGCCCUUCUGGAGCAGAUUAACGCGAAUGGACAGGAUCCGGCAUCCACACAACAACUGGAGGAGAAUAGGGUAGAGGGCCGUGAUGUUACGGUCACAAUGAAAGCACCAACCCCAUCUUCCUCAAGGCCACCUCCGCCACACCCGAUCCUGAAAAAGCAUAGCGCUCCCGUACCAGGACCUCGACAUACUGCCAGAUUCGCUUCACCACCACGUGCCGGAGAGGGUGUGUCCAUCACCAAGGGCGUGCCAGAGCCGUCAGCAAUGCCACCUCCGCCAUUACCGACUGCGAGAAAGACGAAAACAACAGCAGAAUCUCCAACUACAAUAAGACCUCCGCCGCUUCCAUCGCCAGCCAAGCCCGAAAAGCCCACCGCGCAGUUGCCUAUUGCGCCUGCAGGUGGUAAAGCUAGCAAGCCUGUAGCCGCCCGAAAAAAGGUCGUGGCGAAUACAAAAUUAGGGAAAAGACGGCCGGUAAUUCCACGUAGGACAAGUUCACAGUCAUCAACUGCGACCAAUACCCAACAGCGUAAGGUGCCGGUGACAGCAGACCAGUCUCAUCAAAGUACUCAGUCGCCAACUGUAGAGGAAGAACCCUUCCAGGAGUCUCCUCCCUCGAUUACAGUGGCGUCCCCAACUUCGACCUUGGUAGAAUCACCGUUAGAGGUCCCGGUCCCAAAGGUAGCAGAGAUGCCGGCUUCAACGUCAGUAGAUCAUUCCUCUCGGAGCUCGCAAGGUGGCUCAGUAUUGUCCCAAGACGAGCAGAGGGCGCCGAGUGCUAAGGCAGCCGGAAAGAGGCCGGCGAGGCCUACACGAAGACCUUCCUCUGGGGGUAUUCUACCUGUAACUAUCGGCUCCCAAGAGCGGCGACCAUUGUUCGUUAGUUCCGGGUUUAUGCCUGCCCGGUCUCCCAGCUUACCUCGUAGUGAGCGGAAUAUUCCGACGACACAGGAGGCUACGAGGAGGAAUAGUGUGGAAAAGAAGCCACGUCGUGCGCCUGUUGCUGGGUUCGUGGCUGAUCAUGAUAGUGGAAGUGACACGCCCUCACCAGCGAGAACACGCACCACACGUGUCACCGAAGAGUCUAUAGUUGGCUCACCUCGGCCGCCGCUCAGAGUCCCGUUGUUUUCUCAAAGAAUGUCAGGGGAGCUCCCCUACUCAUCACCACACGCAAUGUCUCACAGGCUUUCCGGCGAGAUUCCGAAUGUACAGGCCUUGACCGAGGAACCCACGACACAGGUGUCCGACACCACUGUUCAGGGGCAGUUUGACUCCGACGUGAUAGCAACAUCGUCUUUGGUUGAAGCCCGAGAUAUACCUGACUUUGUGUCGCGCCGGUCGAGGCCGUCGCCCUCGCUUCUCCACGAAGCAUUCUCCCCAACACCUCCAAGCACCACUCCAACGAUUCCCUUUGGCAGAUCGAAGAGCCAACUCACGCUACUGUUGGCAAAGGACAAUCACAGGAAGGUGAAGGAAACCCGUUAGUGGCGGAUAAGGCAGUUUUUCGGACUGGUGUCGGAUGGGGAGGAUCCAUGGGGUGUGGCAUCGCCGCUAGCGAGGCUCCCAGAGCCUUCACCCCAGGAAUCAUCAGAAGGAUCAGUCAUAGAAGACAAGCUCGUCCCAGGAGGGCUAUUUGUGCCCCCGCAAUAUAGCAGGGCCACCGGUACCUUUCAAAUCCUCUACCGAAGCCAGAAGGCCUGGUUAUUCUAAGAAUUUUAGCGUGAGUUCAGUUGCAUUUUACAGGCGUUUCUUAAUUUGGGUAUGGAGAGCACACAGAGCAGAGCGUUGUCCCAGCAUGGGCAUUUCAGCGGUUAUUAGGCCUACUCGUCAUUUGCAUAUACGCACGAGUUUGGAGAAAGGCAGCAUGUGGUUUACUUUGUUUAAUUAUGUUUUGUGCUCAUCCAUUUUUGAAGUAAAUCAGUAGGUGAUGUCGAUUUAAUGGGUGUGAUGGGCUUAGGUAUGGAAGUGAGUGCAAGAUCGAGGUACUGCCCUGGGGCUGGAUAAUGAACUUUUGAGCGUUUAUCGUUGCGAGAAAAUCACCGAAUGAGAUUCACC